AUGCAACGACAGCCGUCCGAGUCCUCAGAACAGAUUUGCCAGUCCAACAACACCCCAGCUCCAAGCUCAUCCCCUCAGCAUGGCUUUCUUCACCAUGGGCCCAGCGACAUCCGUCAAGUCCGCUCCGCAAGCUCUAGCUGUGGCUCACACAGCGCCUCGCCGCAUUCUGUGUCGGACCUUGACCGUGAACCUCGCGAUGCAGUCGAUGCUGAUAAGCUCGACGAGAAACUGCGUGGAUUGAGUCUUCACGGGAAGCCCAAAACAAGUCGAAAUCGCCCUAUCACUGCCGGUCAGAGAGUUUCAGACUAUGAAAACGCCCUUACGCCGCCUACUCCGAGGCAAGCUCUAGGGUUCAAGGUCAUUCGACGCUCUGACUCAUCUGAUGGCCCUCAAAUGACAGAUUUCCCAAAUGAGAUCCUGACACACAUAUUAUCACAUCUGCAUCCUGAUUCCCAUGCCGCCGUGGCUUUGGUGUCGAAACGUUUCUAUGCGCUGGUAACGACUCCACAUGCAUGGCGCAUGGCAUUCAUGCGAUACUUCCCCGGGCAUACGUGUUUGGAUACAACAUCUGCGAAAAGAACUGCCGAUCUCUGGGCCGGGUCGACCUCUGAUGUCGUGCGAUCUGACAUACGCUACUUUGGCCGCCUAACCCCUCUGGCCACUUGGCGGAGCGAGUACCUGUUUCGAACUCGGCUGAUGAGAAGUUUGGCACGAGGCAAGCCUGGAAGUAGCUCCGGUGGUAUUGGUGCUUCCGGAGGAGCAAACAAAUCUUCCAAGCGUAGGAGUGCUGUCCUGACAUACAAUUCAAAGCUCCCAUGGCUGGUUACCAAUCUUCACGCCGUCUUCUCCAGCGGUAAGCGGCCCCCGCGCGCCAUCCAGGGAGCUGGUGAUCUUGGUGUUGCUACCAUGGGCGAUCCGACAAGUGGCAAGAUUGAGAAAUGGGGCCUUGAGGACCCAUUCUCGGCUGCUCAGUUGGAAGAAGUGGUGCCCAAUCUUGUUCCCUAUGGUCUCGGAGACGGACCUGUCGCUGUCCCCAAUGUCAUGGAUGUCAGUCAACCGUAUGGUGUUAUAGCUGGCGAAGGUUUCCCAGGCGGUCGCGCUCACUUUCGAGGCAUCAAUGAGUCCUGUGGUCGCUACCUUGGUGGUGACACUGGAGUAGUUGACACGUACCCAGAUGUACCCAAGAUUCCAGAAAUGUCGGAUGCCAUUUGCAGUUUGUGGAUUGCAAAGUCGCCGGCCGUCCCAGCCGCCACCCAGUCUAUGUGCGGUAUGUUGACGGGUUCUGCCUUGGGCGUUGUCACUGCCUACUCACUUGGAAGCGAUCCUAAUGGUCCACGAUACGUCAAUGGCGACAUGACAGCCCGAUGGGUUCUCAGCCCCGGCGUGCCAAUCAUUUCACUCAAGGUUGAUGAUAAUUAUAGUGUGAAGCGAAAGUUGUCGUUCAGAGUCUGGGCUGUAGCUCUUAAUGCUUUAGGCGAAGUCUACUAUUUGACAGAGAGCCCCGUGACUACACUCAGUCGCGGCAAGGGAAACGAUGUCAUUAGACAUGCAUGGCUUGCAGGUAGGACAGCAUACUGGCACCUGGUAGAGUCGACUAGGCGCACUGCCAGACCGGAUGAGUUGGACAAGAACGUGGUACGAGGAGCCUAUACACCACGCUCACCAUCAAAUGACAUGAUCCUUAGCAAAGAGCAACUCGCAGCUGAAGCUCGCGAAAUCGAAAAGUACCUUCGCUACAAGCCUUCUCACUUUCGCAAGGUAUGCGAGGGCUGGGAUAUGAGACGAAGGCUCGAGGUUGAUUUUGCCGGCGAUGAUGGCAAAGGGGCCGGAGAAGGCAUUUUCGUGAUUGACUGCGGACUUGCUGAGCAAACACCAGCUCGAGUCCUGCGGUACUGCCGGUCACUGGCUUCGCCCGUAGUGCAGCAUGAACAGAAUGUUCCAAAACGAGGCGAUUCUACAGCAACCGCACAGAUCAGACCACGACCAUCGCUCUUUGGAUCGACGGAAAUGACUACGGCAAUGGAUUGUGCAACCCCGGAACCUCAAUCGCCGCACCCGCCUCCCCCGACGCCCAUGUCGCCGUUGCGUGAGUCUAUAGCCAACCUGCACGACUGGGACUGUACUGCUUUUGCGCUCAAGGGCGGCCAACAGGCAGUCAAUAUCACCGCUAGCAGUUUAGACUGCUCGAGUCUCUCUCUUCUCACGCUCGGCGAGGACCCCUUGCACGUAGCAGGAGAAUCUACUGCUGCACCUGGAGUUUUCACUGCAACUACGACUACCCCCACUAAGACAUCAGUGGAGAAGGCUGAGCAGGCUGUUACAGAGAUUCCGGGGCGUCGGGCCCGUCUCCUGGCCAUUGGCACUGACACUGGAAUUAUCACGGUAUGGAAUGCUCGCGAUGAAGUCGGACACCAAGCGGCACAGCCUCUGCGUGUUUUACACACGGAUUCUCCCAAAAUUUCGUGCCUUGCAGCGUCAGCGUUGUACUUGGUUCACGGAGGAAGUGAUGGCCUCGUGCAAGCCUGGGAUCCCCUUGCAUCGACUUUUGAGCCUAUCCGAACUCUCAAUGCGCGAUCCAAUGGCCGUGUGCCGCGCCACAUGAUGACCAUGAACCCAACGCUUCGGGAGGGAGACUAUUCGGCAGUCGGUGCCAUCUACCUAGAUCCAGACCCAACGGUUCUGCGGGGCGUUGUGUCCUUUGGCGCAUUUCUUCGGUACUGGACAUACAGCUCAGCAAGUCACCCGACAGGCCGGAAGCGUCGAGCCAGACACUCCGAUAUCCACGGACGCAUUGCCAGCCGCAGACUUGGUGGCACGGUCUCGGGGUACAUUGCCGCAGAGGAAAGAGAGCUCCGUCGUGAAAAUGAAGCCCGCGCCCGCGAGCAGGCGCACCUCCGUAAACGCUUUGGUGUUGGCGCUCUAGGCGACCUCACCGAAGAGGAGGCCCUUCGAUACGCGGAAAUGGUCUCCGAGGAGGCCUACCUCCAGGAAGAACAGCGUCGAGCUAGCGACUCUGCCGCUGACGCAAGUCUAGAUACAGCAUCAUCCAUUAGCGAAACCACGGUCGACAUCAUCACUCCGGACCCCAGCGUCACGGAUGUGAGCCCUCCCAUGGCCAGCGUGACCGACAAUGAUGAGAGCGAAUUCGAGCAGCAAAUCCAGCAAGCGAUUCGGCUCUCGCUGCUGGAAGGCGUAAAUGAUCUCGGUCAAUCUCCGCGUGGUAAUUCUUCUAGCGAUGCCCACUUUCCUAUCCAAAUCAGAGUCAAGACCAAGAAAGCCAAGGGGUCUCGUUCGACAUCUACUUCGCCCGGACCAACGAGUCACACCCCCGUCAACGGGAGUCGAUCCAAUUUAAACACUGAAGACGAAGAUCUUGCCUUGGCAAUGAGUCUAAGUAUGCAGGAGCAGCAGGAGGUAGGACUAGGUGUGCAUGUCGGGAGUGAAUUCCCACCCCUUGAUACGGAGGGUGUUGGGAAGGGGAAGGGCAUUAGUAGGCAGUAG